AUGGCGCGUCGCAUCGCGCACUUCGGGCAGCCUACUCCAAACAUCAUCUUUGGGUUACUGAAGUCCGUCAUCCGAAUCAGGACUUCAUUCUACGAACAGUACCAUUCUCUUCAGACGUCUCAGCUGGAUCCUGUCCUCGAGAGAAGCAACGCGUGCCACAAGAUUUUCAUCUAUGCCCUUUCCAUAGUUUGCAAUGUUCUGAGAGGCCAAAAUCGGGAGCGCUGUCAAAGCCUCGAGGACGACGAGCCUCUCGAAGGAGUCCAAAACCUCGAGACCAUGAUGAGAAAGUCGGCGAAGGGAAAGAAGGGAAAGAAACACAACGUCUCGAGAGCCCUCAAGACUGGCCCUUUCAACCGCGUGUCCCUUACUGACUGCGAUAUUGAUUCCUUCGGAAGCUGCUCCAUGGCUACACACGCUCUGGCUCAGGAGUGGUCUUCACUGAGAACGUACAUACAGGACAUCUGGCAAGAGGUCGCCUACGAGGGGUUCAAUAGCGUCGUCGCAGCAGCGCAAUCGAACAUGGCGGUUUCCAUGAUCCAGCAAGCCCAACUGGCUAUUUUCGCCGAGUUCCCCAACCGUGACGGGUAA